CUGGCCCGGGCAACGAACGGCAUUGGCAAUGUCGUCUCUGGAGAUUCUCGCAGCCCAUGGAGCUGCUGUCAAUGCUAUGACCCUUGCUGGGUUCACGCUCCUCGUGUAUGACCAUAUCCUCACUUUCGGUGACGAGGUCAACUACAUUUGGAAGACGCGCAAGGGCAUCGUUUCGGUUAUCUUCCUAGUGAACCGAUACUUGAUCCCCCUUGUGCUCAGUAUUGAUAUCUACGAAACCAUGGGUCUCAGCAGCGGCCCCACCUCGAUUACGUUCUGCAAGGUGUGGACCGUCAUCCAAAGCUAUCUCACUAUAGCUUCCUUCAUGUCUAUUCAUGCUACCGUUGCAUGGCGGCUCUACGCCCUACAUUGCGGCGAAGCGUGGAUCCGACGCCUUCUCUGGAUUGCGCUGGUGCUCUACGUGUCGACAUCGACUGGCAUCAUCACCGCAUCGCUGAUACCCAUUAUCUCUGACCUGCGACCACUGCAUCACGAAUGCGUUUCCAAGAUACCAGAUUAUUUGUGGACCGCUUGGUUACCAAGCGUUGUCUUCGAGACACUCCUUUUUGCGCUGACUGUGAUAGCUAUGCUACGUCAAGAAAAACGCCGAUCUUUCAGUACCCUGUCUCUGCUAUUGUACCGUGAUGGAAUGCUGUACUUCGUUGCUGUGACAAUUUGCUCUCUUUUCUCUCUUCUCGUUUGGGCUCUCGCGGGUCCCUCUUUGAUUGGUCUAGCGCGGUAUUUCGCAUUGGCGAUGGUUAACAUCGCUGGAUCCAGGCUUGUGUUGAAUCUCAAGGGGUUCUCCGCGCGUAAUAGCGUCGACAUGCUAUCAUUCUCCCUGAUGUCCUCCAAUGCCCCUUUGUCGCGACCGCAGAUAUAUGCGCCGUCAACGGACAUCGAGACUCCGGUAUCGUCCGAUCAGGAUCUGGAUUUCGAGAUGUACUCUAUCGAGCGUGAUUGCCAGCAGCUGGGUACGAAGAUGUUACAUUAGCUUUCGGUUGGAGCCUCUUAUCUGUAGCAACACUACUGUAUCUUUAGCUUAUAGUUGGGUCUAUCGCACUCUCUUAUGACCCCGU